AUGUCUUCUCCCGGGCCCCAGAUCACAAACAACGCCCAUCAGGAUGACCCGAACGACGCAUUAUCCCGCGCUGCGAGCUACAAUAACCUUACCGAACUUCCCACCUCCGAACCAGGCUCACCAGGUCUUCGAAGGACUUUCUCCGAUCUGACAUUCCAGAAGCAAUCCGGCUCCCCAUCAAAAGAAGAUGUUGCAGCUGGAAAGGAUAUCUUAAGGCGAACCUCCCUUCGCCGAUCUAAGGACAAACCCACUGUUGCUGUUUCCCGAUUUACUGUCUCUACCGAGGACCUGACGACCGAUGUACCUCCCUCGGAGCCGCCGGAACCUCCAAAGGUCCCGCAGACUAGGGCUCCAUCCCCCGUCGCACGUCCUUCCAAGACUCGUGGAAUGUCUGGGAGGCUUGUCAGCUUCGCGCGAAAGCCCUGGAUGUCGAGCUCUCCAAACCGAUCUACCUCUCCUUCCUCCAAAACCCCGCGUCUUCGGACUCUCCAGGGAGAAGAUUCGUUGUCGCAAACCCCGUCAUCCAGGAGCUCCGGAAGCUUAGAAUUACCCCCCAGUUCCGACUCUGCCGCCCCGUCUCGUAAGCGAACUAUUUUGAACAAGCGACCUCGACGCCCAAUGGUUGCCGUUGUGACCCAGAGCCGCGCAGAGAGCCCGAGUACCCAAAGUAGCCCUUCUCCAAGGUCACUAUUAGCCAAAGGCUCACUAGAGAGACUUACAGCGUCAUUCAAUGUCUCCACGCCAGUCCUACCCCCAGUGCCUAAGGCGACCGCCAGCGCCACAAAUGUCUCUGGAGGAUCCGACCCCGCUCGGAAGAAGGAUGAACUCUGGAACGUUUUCAGGGGCCUUGAAGCCGAUUUUCAGAAAUUCCAGACCAAGUCUAGCUCACUGAAAGCGAAUGUCAUUCGAUCCUCACUUCUGCCCUUUCUCAACCGUCCUCACCCACCUACAAGCCUCAGAGCAUUGAGGCCCGAGGACCUUGACCGCCGAGUAAACAUACUCAAUAAGUGGUGGAUCGGAUUGCUGGACAUGCUGAAUGGAAAGCACAACCAAUCCAUUUCAGGUACAGACAGACCAGUGUACUUGGAAGCAGUGGUUGGCAUAAUGUCUCGACCCGAAUGGAGAGUUCCCUUUCCAAUACCCUCGCCCGAUACGCAACUUCCAAAGCCGCUCAAGCGCUCUGGAACCUCCACUUCAGAGGCCUCUGAAGCGUCGUCUGGUUCAGACUUUCUUGUAGAGUCUAUACACCAUAACAUAAGGAACAUCUUCACACAGAACUUGCUAUCUCAGAUGGCCUUUGUGGUGGAAAGGAUGUCUAUGAGACACGCUCCUGCUAGUUUGGUGGCAUUCUGCGGUAAAGCUUGCGCCUACGCGUUCUUUUUCUGUCCAGGCGUUGCGGAUAUUCUUGUCAGGCUCUGGAAUGUGCCACCCAAUAUCUAUCGGCGAGUGUACACUGAGUCUCAUGUGGACAAAAGCAGUGGCCUCCGUGCAAUGACCCAAGGACUGGCCCUGAACUUCCCCCCAGCUCUACGAUCCUUGUCGUUUCAUGCCCACACAGCCUUGGCCCGGUAUCUUCGUCAGAAACCUGAUGCUCCUUUGAACACCACUCAAAUCCAGUGGCAAGGCCCUUGGGUGUCACGGUGGUGCGGCAGAGACACUGAUCUUUUUUACGUGUUUGCCAAGUACAUCCACCUUCUUUACGCCGACGCCAUACCGUCUGAUCUUGAGAAGAGUUUGCGCAUCUUGUCCCCAGGUCUGCUUCCCAUUCAUGCCCAGAUUCUUGUUGUUCUGGAAGAUACUCUGUACAAGCAAUCGCAGCCUCAAUUGCAAGAUGCAUCGCACAGCACAGCGGCCAUCACUUUUGACGACUUUAUUGAAGGGGCUGACGGAUCUGCAUCAGCUCUGCCACUGGGAACAGCCAACAGUCAUCGUUCAAUGGCCGAGAAUCGUUUGAUUAUAUUGCUUCGAGACUAUCUUUCCGAGUCCUCGGUUGAACCUGAUCAUGCGCGGCUAUUUUACGCCGAGUCAUUUUGCAUGAUUAUGAAGACAACCGCACAGAGAACGUCUUUGUUUGAUCACAAUGCCUGUUUCCUGUUGUGUGACUUUGUUGAAGAGGUCAUACCAAUCAUUGCGCGAUAUUCUAGAUCCAUGGAAAUGGACCUAUUCGACUGGAAGUUCUGGUUGGAAGCUUGCCGCCAAAUGAUGCAGAGCCAUAACUCACUCACCGAAGUCCGGGUGUUUUCAUUUCUUUUCUGUGUUUGGGGUACUUGGACAAGCUCAGAAGAGAGAAAGGCUGACCUCUGCCUUGGCUUUCUGCUUGAAGAGCCACUGUUCUAUCAUUAUUUUAGUCAUUGGAGCCCCAUGGUGCGUGCAUAUUUCCAUCGCCUGCUUUGUUGGAGAUUGAGUAGGUUCAAUGAGGACCCAUCGCCGCUUGACUCCAUUAUAUAUGAAACCUUAUUCAACCGGUUGCAGCGUAUUUGGGAGUAUUAUCUAGCUGUCCAGACCAGAGCAGAAAAUGGUCACACUGCGCCAUUGUCUUCCGCUCCCUGUACUCCGGCGCCAGGGCGUCGCAUAAUCAUUAUCCGAUGCGACAAUCCAAUGUCUCCCUCGAAUCUCUUUAUAUCCUUUGACACCGUCGUUCCUCCACGGGCAUCGAGUCAGGUAUCGAACAGUAGUUCCGCAAGAACUAAUGCUCUGCCUGACGCCCCAACGACCCAGAAAAAACGCUGGAACAUUUUGAAGGCUGUGUUUGGUUCAUCCAGAUCCACUGAAGAGUUAUCUCCCAACAGCAGCUCUGACGAAUCGGAGACGACAGUUUCGGAUGGCCCUGUGGCCAACGAGAAAACCACAGAUGGCAACUGGCGUCUCUCUAAUGGUUCCGCCGAAUUAUGCAGGCCAAAGACCGCGCAUCAGCCCUAUACCUUCAGGUUCUCGCUAGAGUGGAUGGAGCGCCAGCAAUGGCCCAGUAAGAAUAAGCGACUUUAUAGUCCCAGCCUUCCUGUCGCUUCUCAGUUGCACCUUCAACUUCGGAGAUCAACGCUCAAAGAAGAAGAUUGCGAUACAACCUCGGACGAAUCGAGUGAGGCUGAAGCCGAUGAAGAGAACGAGAAGCAGGAGGAUCUGGUUUCGGAUAACAAUAUACGUGCUUGUAAGGCUAGCGCCGAGACUAAGGAGUUCUCGAAGAAGGCUCCAUCUCUUGCAGCUGAUGAUAAACUUGCAUCUAGCAAGUAUGCAGGUCGUGCUCUUGCGGAAUGGGCACAGAUUGUGUCGGAAUGCGACAGCUUCUUCUCCCGGCGGCGUGAUGAGGGUGUGCCCUGUGAUCGCUUGGUUGAAACCCCGACGCUGGGCGUUGAUGGGUUUCGAAAAUAG